UUUGUGCAGAAGCUAAUCUCACAUUAGACAUUCAAGAUGACAGAUUAUGAGAAAUAUAGAGAAAAGAGGAUAGCGGAAAAUAAAUUGAAAAUGCAAGAAAUGGGGAUUUGUUCUGCCGCAUAUGAAACUCAAUCAAAAAAGGGCACAAAACGCAAAUGCAGGAGUAAGGAGGAUGAUAUUGAGAAUGCUGAAAUGAAGCGUGAUGAUGAUGCUGAGUAUGAUCCAGAGGUGGAGGAUAAAGGUGAGAUGGAAGAGGAUAAAGGUGAGAUGGAAGAGGAUAAAGGUGAGAUGGAAGAGGAUAAAGGUGAGGAGGAGACCGAUACUACAACCCGUACCGCAAGUGAAAUUGUGAGUCACAAUCCAAAAAAGAAAAGAGGGCGAGGUCCCACAAAAGGACUUAAAAACAAGGAACCCAUGCACCUUGAAUACGAUAAAUUUGGUCAACCAUGUGGUAAGUGGCGUCAUAUGUAUGGGCAACAAGUUGGCCUUUGCAUGCGCAAACUUUCCAUUUUAACAACAUGGAAAGAGGUGACGGAGGGUAUGAAGAAGGCAUUGUGGGAAGAUACAGUGAAUUUAUUUCAUAUUGAACCUGAUGAAGCCAAGAAGGAAGUAUUUUUAUCAGCUGUUGCAGAGAGAUUUAGAGACUUCAAGACAAAGCUAGUGAGUGGAUGGAUCACUUUAAGAAGAAAAAGAACCAAGUCUAAGAAGUUGACAGAAGGAAAGGAAAAGGAGAAUGAGGAAGGAGAGGAAAAGGAAAAGGAGAAUGAGGAAGGAGAGGAAAAGGAAAAUGAGGAGGGAGGGGAAAAUGAAAAGGCAUUGGAAAAGAAGCAAGGACCGGUGGAGUUGCCUUAUGAGAUAUGGGAUCACAUCACAAAAGAGGAUUGGGAAGCAUUUGUUGCCCAAAAAACUACUCCGAAAGCAGUUGUAAGUUUUUAUCUCAUAUUUUCCUCUAAACCAGCUGCAUACCUUCCUCCUAGUUUAUGAUGUUAUUGCUGCUACUCAAAACCAUUAAAAUAAAUCACAA